AUGAUUAUCGGUAAUCAACUUCUUUCAGCUUUAGAAACAAAUAUUAUUCCUUUGUAUGCUCAAAUUUUUAAUGGAUCUCUGCAAUUAGGACAUUAUAUGGUUUAUAAUAUUUCCAAUGAUUCCUAUUGUGAUUGUCAAAUCAAUGUUAACUGUCGAGUACAUUCAGGUAUUUUCAAGGAAUUGGAACAAUCUUUGGUUAAUAUGGUUUUUGGUAACACCCGACUGAUGCUAAUGAAAAUUGAUGGAUUUUCAGCUGGUUGUAUGCCAAUGGAUUCAAUACUUCAAUCGACUCUUCAAUGUUUUUAUAAUCAGACAUGUUUGAACGAACUUCUGUCAUUUUUAUCUACGAAUGAAAGUUUUACAGCUAUGAAUAUUUCUAAGUAUAGUCGUUUCAAACCAAGUUCUAUUGUAAAAGAAAUAGUCAAUGAAUUAAUGGUUGAAGAAUGGAUAACAAAUAUAUCAUAUGAAAAAUAUUAUACUCAAUGUGCACCUGUUCGAUGUACUUAUUCAAAAGUAGAAAAACAUGAUAUGGUAAAUGUAUUGACAACAGUCAUUACUUUUCAUGGUGGAUUAACAUUAGUAUUGAAACUUAUUAUUGCACAUGUUGUUCGAUUUAUACGUCGGAAAAAAGAUAAUGAACCAAGUUCGCGAAUAUCUUAUCUUGAUUUUCGAGCUAAUGCUGGUCAUCAAUUUCAGAUUCUAGCCACUUUAUGUGAACAAGCUCAACAAACAGUAAAUAGUGCUCUUCAAGUAUUUCUUCAAAAACAAUUUGUUAGUUCUCAAAUCAUUUCUCAAGAACUUUUUCGAUCUCAAAUCAACGAAAAUAUUGAAGAAUGGAAAUCAAAUACUCUCAAUUCAUUUUUACAUCCAAUUCAAUUAAUUCGUGUUACAAAUCAAGGAAAUCAACUUAUCAAUAGUUUUCAUAAUUUCUAUUUUCAUCUAAAUCAAAUUUCUGGACAAUUAAUUCUAGUACCAACUAAUUAUUCAACUUAUUCAUGUGCAAGAUCUAGUGCAUAUCGAACUCAUAUGGGUAUAUUCGUAUACAACAUGACAACCCUUGAUUAUGUUGAACUUUUUCGUAUUCCUAACUUUUUUACUGGUUGCUUUCUAGUUGAAUCUUUACUCGAAUCGGGUUUAGAAUGUUUUUAUGAUCAUCAAUGUAUGAACAUCAUUGAAUCUUACACGUCUAAUACAACAACUAAUUUUUCACUACUUGAUACAACUCGUAAUUCACCAAAUGAAACGGUUCAAUCAAUUAUUAAUCGAUUAAUGAUCGAUGCAUGGCAAUCAAAUAUAUCAUUUAGUGCUUAUUAUAAGAUGUGUGCACCAUUAUCUUGUACGUAUGAACAAAUACGUCAACAUGAUAUUGUCUAUCUAAUCUCAUCUAUAUUUGGUGUAUUUGCUGGUCUGUUAUUUGGAAUAGAACUUCUUAUUUUAAUUAUACUUCGUUUUAUUGAAAACAUGGCUAAUGAUUUUUCUUUAAUCGAACUGAAAAGAAGAUUUAAAGAUUUAUUUAUCUGUCCCAAGAAAGAACAAAUUAUCAAUCGAUGUCAUUUUAUUUUACUUAUAGUCAUCAUAUUUCUCCUCUAUACGGCUAUAUCUCUUACGCUAGUGCCUAAAGCUGAACGAGUCAUUAGACCAUCUUUAUUCACCUAUCAAUAUCUACUAACAAAUUACCAAGACUCACUUCAAUGCUCUUGUUCGCAUAUAUCAAUUGAAUAUCAAUCAUUUCUUACGAUCACCUCUCGUAUUCAUCAAAUCUGUUCAAGUGAUUUUGUCUCAAACGAUUGGAUUGAUUAUAUUUAUAAUACUAUUGAUCCUUUUCAUUUGAAUUAUACUGAUUUUCGAACAACAGCUACUGGUCAAUAUCAACUAUUGGCUUCAUUCUGUCAACUCUCUCGACAAGUACUUGACGAUGCUUUAUCGAAUCUAUUAACUAGUCAUUUUAUUGACACCGAACUGCUCUCAUAUAAUGUAUUAUAUGAACGAAUUCAAUCAUCUCUCAAAGAAUUUCAAAUGACGAUACCUAAUUCAUUUCUUAAUUCACUUUCAGUCAUUCGUCAGACAACAGGAGCAAACAUGCUUUAUGAAUAUGUUUAUGACCAACCAUUGAGUUAUCAAGGAUGUAAUUGUGGACUAUCAUCGAAAUGUGUUCAAUCAUCUAGAGGUAUGAUGGCUGGUUGUUAUCCACUUGAAGCACUUCUUCAAUCAACAUUUCAAUGUUUCUAUAACCAAGCAUGUAUUGAUUCAAAUAACGUUUUUCAAGCUCUUAAUACUUCUUCUAGCACAUCAAGUCAAUUCUUAACAAAUUCAACUAUUGAAUCUAUAUUAAAUGAAUUAAUGGUUGAAGAUUAUUCAAUAAAUAUAUCAUAUGAAAAUUACUUUUCUAAAUGUGAACCACUUUUAUGCAGUUAUUCGUAUAGUGGACAUCGUGAUAUCCUGGAAUUAACAUUGAAUAUUAUUGGAAUUUAUGGUGGCAAUAAACCAUUAAGGCCUGUCAUAAAUCCGUUGGCUGCUAAUCAUCCGCUACCGGAGAAACAAAGAGAUCCAAUUUCAUCACCUCCACCAUUUACUUAUCCAUCCUCAAGUUCUCCACCAUAUCCCUCAAGUUAUCCACCAGCUCCAGCAAACUAUCCUCCACCAACUCCAACGAACUAUCCUUCAUCACCUUCGACGAGCUAUCCUCCACCAACUCCAACGAACUAUCCUUCAUCACCUUCGACGAACUAUCCUCCACCAACUUCAACGAACUAUCCUUCAUCACCUUCGACGAACUAUCAUCUAGCGCCGUCGUUUUCAUUUCCAACACAAAUAGGACAACUUAGUGGUGGCGCCAUAGUAAAUUUUAUCUCUCAUCUUUGGGGCGGUGGUCGGUACACCGACAGUUGAGCCUGCAACGAUUGAGCCACGACAGUUGAGCCCCGACAUUCGAGUCUCCCGAUACUUGAGUUCCCGACAGUUGAGCCCCAGACAUUUGAGCCUCCCGAGAGUAGAGUCCCGACAUUUGAGCCCGCCCCCCCCCGCCUUAUCAGUACACACCCUCAGUUGCAUCUGUACUCUCAUCCUCAUUCACACCUUCAUUUGCACCCCCAUCUGCACCUUAUUUGCACCCUCACUCUGACUCUGACUCUCAUUCUUGAUCACACGUUACUCUCACUCUGAGGGGCUACCGGGAUUUAUUUUUUUGGGAUUUAUUUUUUAUAGAGGACCUAUUUAUUAACUGAGGAUUUAUUGGGAUUUAUUAGCUGUAUCAGUAUUUCAGCGCACCCUCAUCCUUGUCCUUGCUCCAACGCUCACCCUCAAUAAGCCUUCGCCCUCACCCUCACUAAGCUCUCAUCUUCAGGACUUAUGCAGGAUUUAUAUCAAAAUGUAUGAGUAUUUAUUAAAAAAUCCCAAUAAAUCAGAAGAAAAACCAAUCCCGGUAGAGUCAAUUUCCCUAAUAACGACGGGAAAAUGUUCACUCAUUUUGUUUGACCUCGUUCACAGUCAUUUUACACCCGAUUGAAAAUAUUUUGAUAUUUGGAUAAACCUUGGAUUCUCCUCUUUCGAAUGAUAUGAUCACAGCCUUUCUACAUCAUACUGCAGUGAAGAAAUCAGCGGUCCACGAUCAAGGACUCCAUCCGUCGUUAUUAGGGAAAUUGACUCUACCUACUGCUCACUCUUUAUCAUACUGAACAAUGUAUAUAAAUUUUAUCAUAGAUUUUGAUAAAAGUUACUAUGGAAGGCUCAAAUGUUGGGGCUCUACUGUCGGGAGCUCAACUGUCGAGAUGCUCAAAUGUCGGGAGGCUCAAAUGUCUGAGGCUCAUCUGUGGGGAGCUCAAGUGUCGCGAGGCUCAAAUGUCGGGGCUCAACUGUCGUGUCACGGAGUUUGAAAAAAAUAAAGAUCUAUCACGACGCGUUUCGGCUUAAUUUCAAAGUCUCAUCAGGUGGUUUAGUAAAAUCUGCAUAGAUUGAAAUAAAAUUUGCCUAAAAUUAAAUCGCAAGUCAAAUAGAUCGACUUCCAAUAUUAAUUUUAAAUAAAUCCUUUCAAAGAGCAGCAGAUAGUCUUUAAGAGAGAGUCCACGACUAUACCGAGAAUUUUCCUACUAUGCUGUCAUUUGAAAACUAUUGAUCUACCUUUUUGAUUAGUACAAAUGAAAGAGUAUGCUAAGAAACUUCUAAAUUCAAAAUUGUAGCCUUUCCUGACUGAUCUUUAACACUUGUACUACCAACCAGGGUCGGGUGUGGGUGUGGGUGUGGGUGGGUGUGGGUGUGGGUG